AUGACUUCCCAGAAUCUCUCCUUUGUCUUGCAAGGAAUUCACCAGGUCAAAUUCGAAGACCGCCCUGUCCCCGAACUUAAGGACUCACACGAUGUGUUGAUUAACGUCAAAUAUACCGGUAUCUGUGGCAGCGAUGUCCACUACUGGGAACACGGUGCGAUUGGUCAAUUCGUUGUUAAGGACCCAAUGGUGUUGGGCCACGAAUCUGCAGGUAUCAUUACCCAAGUCGGAUCGUCAGUUACCUCAUUGAAGGUGGGCGACCGCGUCGCCAUGGAGCCCGGUAUCGCCUGUCGUCGGUGUGGGCCCUGCAAGGGUGGAAAGUACAACUUGUGCGAGAACAUGGUCUUCGCCGCAACCCCUCCAUAUGAUGGUACCUUGGCCAAGUACUAUGUUCUCCCCGAAGAUUUCUGCUACAAGCUUCCCGAGAGCAUGUCGCUACAAGAGGGAGCUCUGAUGGAGCCAUUGAGUGUCGCGGUUCACAUUGUGCGUCAAGCCCAGGUCAGCCCCGGUCAAUCAGUGGUGGUGUUUGGUGCUGGUCCCGUUGGUCUGCUGUGUUGCGCCGUCGCAACCGCCUUUGGAGCCUCCAAGGUGAUUGCAGUGGAUAUCCAGCAGCCCCGUCUGGACUUUGCCAAGGCAUACGCAACCACAUCCACUUUCAUGCCAGGCAAGGCCACCGCACAGGAGAAUGCCGAACGUUUAAUAAAGGAGAAUGACUUGGGCGCCGGUGCCGAUGUUGCCAUUGAUGCCUCUGGUGCGGAGCCAUCAGUGCACACUGGUAUCCACGUCCUUCGCAACGGCGGCACCUACGUGCAGGGUGGUAUGGGCCGGAGCGAGAUUCAGUUCCCCAUCAUGGCUGCCUGCUCUAAGGAGUUAACCAUCCGCGGCAGCUUCCGUUACGGCAGCGGCGACUACAAGCUGGCAGUCAGUCUGGUUUCAUCGGGCCAAGUCGACGUGAAGAGUUUGAUCACAGGAACUGUCAAGUUCGAGGAGGCCGAGGAGGCCUUCAAGGGAGUCAAGGCUGGAAAGGGCAUCAAGACCCUCAUCGCUGGAAUCGAUGCAUAG